AUGGCAUCCGGACGAGCAGACGCGGAAAAAGAAAUAAAGCGCAACCCCCACGGCGACUUCAAAGCUGUCGAAGCCUCGCGCCCACCCUUUGACACAACCUCCUUAUUCCACUACACGCAAACCCCCAAGCCCAACUGGAAACCCGGAUCUGGUCCCAAUGAGCCCUCCAGUUUGGAAAAAUCCCAUCGCUCCAUCAACCCCUACGAAGAAGGUCGGCCCGUAGUACACAACUACAAGCUACUCAUCUCAGCCAUUGUCCCCCGCCCCAUCGGCUUCGUCUCAACAGUCAGUGCAGAUGGCAAAUCCACAAAUCUCGCUCCUUUCAGCUACUUCAACCUCGUAAACCAUGAUCCACCAAUGUUCGUCCUAGGAUUCGCUGGCGGCAUGGACAAAGCCAAGGACACGCUUAAGAACCUGAUUGAUACCAAGGAAGCUGUCAUCAACAUCAUUACGGAAGAAUACAUUGAAGCAGCGAAUUUCACGAGUAUAAAUGCGCCGGUAGGUGUGAGCGAGUGGGCAUUUAGCGGAUUGCAUGCGGAGAAAAGCAAGUAUGUUAAGCCUGAUCGGGUUAAAGAGGCGGUGUUUAGUAUUGAAGGGAAACUGGUUGAUACGGUAGAAUGGACGAGUAAGAAUCCUGCUACACCGGAUAAAAAGACGGGUGUCACAGCGUUUGUUGAGGGAGUCAACUUUUGGGUUCGGGAGGACGCUAUUGAUCAGCAAGGUGUGCUGAUUGAUCCUGCUGUGCUGAAGCCCAUUUCAAGAAUGGGAGGAAUUACGUAUGCGAGGUCGACCGAGGCGUUUGAGCUGCCGAGACCUGAUUAUGAGGAGGUUACCAAGGAUCCUGAGGUUGCGAAGUUGGCGCAGCCAAAGGGUGAGAGUCAGUUGUAG